GUAAUGACUGAUAUCAAGGAGAUAAUAGUUGAAAUAAAUUUAACAAUUUAUAACUAUGGAAACUAAUGUAGUUUUUAUUUUACUUUUGUUGAUUUUGUGUAUUCAAAAUACUACUGGUUUUCUAAAAUGUUAUGUAUGUUCACAAACUGAAGAUGAUUCAGAUACUCAUUGCUUAGACAGCCCUGGUUCUCAGGAUAGUGACAUAUUGGAGUGUGAUAAAAAAUAUUGUUAUGUUGUUAGACAAGAUUAUAAAGACCCCAGGGGUAAACUUGCCUCCAUAUUGAGGACUUGUUUGGACAAACCUACAUACACAAAUGAAGUAAUUGAAGAUGAAACGCACAGAGCUUACUAUAGGGCUUGUAAAUCUGAUUUAUGUAAUGGUGGGAAUGGAAGAACUGACGAAAGCACUGGAGAGAGUGGAGCUUUUGGAGAUAAAUCCACAAUUUACGUUCCUGGUACUGGUACAAACAAUGCGGAUAUUGUUAAAGUUUUAUUUGUAGUUCAUAUAAUUUCGUUUUUAAUACUGUAUCUUUUAAAAUGA